ACACGGGCAAAUGGGCCAAUCACCGAGAGCCUUGCUGUGGACGCGUGCCAGAGUGUAAUGUUUAUGUACGGUCACCGCCAAUAGAGUUGAAGCACAGGGGGCGUGUCAUUCUUUUGGAGGAAAGAGGCAAAACAAUCUUUUUUAUCCUCCGGACCGGGCGGCUUUUUGGAUAACCCCGGUAGCCAAACGCCCCAUGUUAGAGUAGACGUAGAAGGACGAUACAAAUAAUUCCCAGCAAUCCCGAUAAAUGUAUCUCACUCGAGAAUUUUGCACUAAAAUCUACAGAAAGCGGGUUUUCUUUCUUUAGUCCCCACUUGGUCGCUCUUAAAAUGGAUUCGAGAUCAGUUUUGGACAAGCCGGUGGUUGGGACACGGCUCGGAGCUGCGGACUUCGGCUACCGGCCAACUCGCUCGGUGCCCCGCGACAACCGGCUGGAGAAAAGCGCCGGCGGCGGCUUACGGGCGGGUGCGACCACAAACGGGACCGUCCUCCUCAAAUGUGUGCGAGACGGCCAGGCGACGAAGGAUAACGCCCCUGCUGAAGCGAACGGACGAAGGUUGCACGACGGGGAAAAAACUGGCCUGGGCGAACACAGAGACACUGGUUGCACUACAAGCCUGAAGAGGUCCAGUCCUACUCACUGCCCAGGCACAAAUGGGCAAACGCCAGGCAGCUUUAUGCACUUGGACAUCAGGACUCAAGAGAGGCAGGUGGAGAUGGCCGUCAGCUUCAGGCCAGCACCAGGACAGAACGUACCACAGAUGGAGCGACAACCGCUCCCUUCCUCUCAUAUCCCUGUCCCCAGAAACAGGAAGCCCUCAGGUCAUGCUGAUAAAGAGGUGAUGGCCGCUGCCGUCCUGACAUCACUGUCCACGUCCCCGCUGGUGAUCUGCCCGUCCUUCGCGCCAACAGCUGCGGUUCCAGAGCCGGCGAUUCGGGCUUGGAAGGAGGCGCUGUCAGCCAGCUACAGCAGCUCCACCAGCGGCAACUGGAGCUGGGAUGCCAGCGACCAGUCGGUGCCCUCCACGCCAUCCCCGCCUCUGUCCAACGACGCCAACAAGAACUUCCUGCUCCCGUCGCAGAGAGAUGAUGUCAGCGAGGACGUCGCGGAGAGCACACACUUCAUGUUUGAGGACCCCAUACCUCGCAAACGAAAGAACUCCAUGAAGGUGAUGUUCAAGUGCUUGUGGAAGAACUGUGAAAAGGUCCUCAGCACUUCCUCAGGAAUACAGCGGCACAUCCGCACCGUCCACCUGGGGCGUAACAGCGACUCGGACUACAGCGACGGAGAGGAGGACUUCUACUACUCAGAGAUCGAGGUUAACAUGGACAGCCUGACGGAGGGCUUGUCCAGCCUCACGCCCACCUCGCCUACCACGGCCGGCCCCCCACCCAUCUUCCCACCGCUCCUCGCCGACGUCCCAGACAUCAACAUGAACGGGACGUGCAGCCACGCCCCGACACUGCUCAGCCAAUCGGCUCCCUCCACGCUCUGCCACAUCCGCACCGACCAUGCCUACCAGGGGCCUGCGGUGACUCACGUGCGUACAGUGAGUAUCGGGGAAAAGCGGCAGCCGGCAUCCAGCACAAAUGGCACCGGUAACAAGAACCAGGCUUUAAUCAUGCCGACGCCUAAAUCUGCAGCAGGAAACAGGAAACCCCGUGGGGAGGCCAAGAAGUGCCGAAAGGUGUACGGCAUGGAGAAGAAAGAGAUGUGGUGCACGGCCUGUCGCUGGAAGAAGGCCUGUCAGAGAUUCACCGACUAAAAGCCCUCCCUCACUUUUAGUAGCCCCGCCCCCUUCGCCGGCAAGACGAGCUCCGCUAUUUGGGGCUGGAGCAGGCUUCUUCUUCUUCUUCUUCUGCUUCUCAGUGCUCCGUCCUGCAGAGCAGCGGGAGGUUUGACUUUGCUCUCUACUCUUUCCAAACAGAAAAAAAAAAACUGAGAAAAAGGAACCUUCUGCUGGUUUUGAAACUUUUUUCUUAAGACUGAGAGACUUUUCACUCGCUCACUGUUGAUAAAUAAUGGGGGACGGGGGUGUAGGGCAGAAACUUCUAUUUGAAUUGGGAACUGUCAGAUGAUAUUUUUCACUUUUUUCCACCCAAUGUGUAAAACGACAAAUAUUUUGAUAUACUCAGUUGGUCACACUAGCAGCAGCGUGGCGUAAGCUAUUGUUGACGGAUCAGCGGACGGGUACUCGAACCUGCAGAGCACAUCAGCGUCACACUGUUAAAAAGACGGCCAAACCUCCGGUUGAGUUCCAGCCAUGUCUCAUCGUGGUUGUUGGACACCGACGUGGCGCUCGUCUUGCGCCUGUCCAUUCAAUCAGGCUUUCAUGACCGCCAGCCAAGACACCAUCACAUUUUGCAAUGAUGCACAAAACCCUCACACCACGUGGUACAAAAAGAAUACGGAUUCCUUCCUUUCACUUUCCCAAAAUAUGCCUGAGAGAUGUACAGAAUAUAAGAAAUAUAUUUCCCCUUCCUCUUGCGCCUAAAGAUAUGCACCUUGAAGAAGCGAGUCGACUUUUACAAGUAUCACUGUAAGCCUGGGAGAGAGGAUAUGCAUUUGAUAUAGAGAGUUUAUUUUCGGCACGGGCGUGCUGAAGCAACUAGCAGUUGCACCGUGCAAUCGGCAGCAUUACAACUCGUUGAAUUAUUGUCUUUCUUUCUUUCUUUCAUGUUGUCAUUGUUGUGAGCCCAG